AUGGAAGAAGUUCACUCCAGCUCCAACGUCUUCCUCCUCCUCCUCGCCACCUCCCUCGCCUUUACAUCCUUUGUUUUUCCGUCCUUCCCCAACCUCACUUCUCAGAUCUUCCCAGCCCACGCCGUCAAGAAGAGCUGGGACUGUCUCAUCCUUGCCCUUGUCCUCUUUGCCAUUGCCUGCGGAUUCCUGAGGUCGUCGGGUUCGUACCGGAGAUCAGACACGCAGAAGUCGUCAUUGUCGUACCCGAUAACGCUGGACGAGUGCUAUUACAGCUAUGACCUUGGGAGGGAAUAUCGGUUCUCCUUGGGUUCGUUUGGGAGGACGAUAGGCAGCGGACGGUGCCCGGAUUUGUGGGCGCAGGAUGAAGGACGGUGGAGACUCUAUGACCAUACCAAUCCGGACGCGGGUCAGGGUUUUGGGUCGAAACCUGUUCAUUCCAGGAGAAUAUUGAAGGGAGACUGCGACGACGAAGAGAAGAAGCUCCAGAGGGAGCAUGUAGUUGCUAAUGAUAGUUGCGAUCAUAAUGCUGCAGUCGAGGAAAUGGAAGUUGCAGUCACCCUUCCGCCGUCUGCUCUGCCAGGGGCGCGGGCAGCUCCAAAAGAACGAAAGGCCAGGAGGACAUUUCAGACUAUUCUGUACAAGCCUAAGGAUGACGUUCACAAACCGCCAGCAGCGCUGCAGGUGCCUCAGCCGCUGCCGCCACCUGUGUUCCACACUCAACUUGCAUCCAAAAAGGGCAAGACAAGGGUAGAUCUCUCUGCUCCGCCGCCAGUUCCGCUGCCGCCGGCAGCCCUGCACAAGAAGAAAUCUCAUACUCCGGUGACAAUGCCACCAAACUAUGAGUCUUCAGGUGACAGCGACAACAUGGGUGGCUUGUCGCCGAUGCCUCCACCGCGGCCACCUUUCAAGGUGCCAUCAUGGAGGUUUGCCAUGCGCGGCCACCACGUGUGGAUCAAGAGCCCAAACGCCUGGCGCCAUAAAUCACCAGAUGCUGAAGAUUAUGAGGACAGCGUCUCGGAGACGACUGAGAGCGCUUCAUACUCAUCAUCAGAAGCGACGUCGCCGGCGUUCUGUCCUAGCUCGGACGUGAACAAGAGGGCUGGCAAGUUCAUUGCGACGUUCAAAGCUCGGUUGAACCAGAAGAAGACGAGCUCCAUGAAGCAGAGAAGGUCCAAUCUGGGCCCAGAAAUAAUUGGAUGA